AGCAUUGCUGUAAUGGCCCAUAAUUCCUGGGCUUGAUUGGGAAAGACCCGCCAAAAUGGCUUUCGGCGAUGCGCUUGCGGCGCUCGAGCGCAGGCGCAUGGCGCGCCAGCUGCUGAAGAACCAGCAGCCUGCAAGCAGCAAGGACGGCGCCGCUCAGGAUCUGGAACUGGCCCUGAGCUCGACUGUCAGCUUGCGUCGUGCGGGCGCGGUGGCGGCCCUCCGCCGCGCCUAUCCCACGGCCUGCACUCUGCUGUCGCGCCCGCCAGUCGGCUGCGACCUCACCUCGACCUUGGGCCUGCCUUCAGAGACGCCCUCUGGCGAAAGCACUGCGUGUCAGGGGGGUUCAAAAGGCUGGCGCAAGCAGCUGCCUUGGCAUACUGCCAGCGUCGGCGGCGGCUGUGCCGAGGCGGCCGCCUGGCAGGGCUUUCAGCUGAUGCGCCCGGACCAUCAACAGGCCUACCUGGAGGCGUCGCAGGCGCUCCUCAGCCGACUGGUGCUGCAGCCCUCCGCCCACACGCUGGUGCCGCUACUGGAUAGCCUGGCUGCGGUGCAGCAGGCGCUCAUACCGGGCUGGGCCGCAGAGCGGCGUGCGAGGGACGCGGCGCUGCUGCGGGCCGGCACCUCCGUCCGGUGGCUCGCGCUCCAGGUGGAGCAGGCGCGCGACGGCGCCGGCGGUGCUGGCGCCGGUGCCGGGCAGGAGCGCGAGCUGCAGGCGGCGAGGGUGUUGCGGCAGCGGCGGAUGCAGGCGGCAAGGUCGAACCUGUGUAGGGUGCGGCAGCUGGCGUGGAUGCAGAAUGAGAGCAUGGAGGACAUGCGGCAGGGCCCGCCGCAGGGGCCCAGCGGGCGGCCCAGCUUCCUGUUUGCAGAUCUCCGCCUGGGCCGCGCCUACCGCGACCUGCCCGCCCAGCAGCUGGCGGUGGAGGCCCACGAGCUGCUGCUGCGGCGCCUGGGGCGGCACUUGGUGGUGCAGCGGCGGCGGCACUCCGCCUUACAGGGCACAGCCGCGCGCCCGAACCAAAAAGCCGGAGGAGGCGGGGGAGGAGGAGGAAGUGGCGGGGUAGGGGAGGCGGGCGAGCUGCCGGACCGGCUGCCGGCGCCGUGGCAGGUGCUGCUCGACAAGGCGCAGGAGGAGGUGGCGGCGCGGCUGCGAGGCGCAGAGGCGGCGGCGGAUGCGGAGGACAACGACGGCGCCGCGACACGGGUGCUCCGGGGGGCACUGGAGGGACUGGCACUAUUGCUGGCGGCUGCCGGCAAUGCGUCGGAUGAAGUGCUGCCCAGAAGCAUCGCCGCCACCAUGGGACUCAACGCGGAUGACGCGGACGCCAACGACGACGAGGAGGAGGGGGAGGAGGAGGAGGAGGGCGGUCGAGGGGGCGAGUGGCGCCGGGUGCGGCUGCCGAGCGCGCAGCACGGCGAGGGGGACUGCUGGCGUGGCUUUGUGCCGCCGCACCCGCUGCUGUGCGCUGCGCUGCGGGUGCUGUGGGGGCAGCGCAGCUCGGACGCGGCCGCGCAGAACUCCGCAGCGUGGGACAGCACCUGUAACCUGCACCGUCAGUUUAUGGAGGAGGCCGGCGCAAGCCUGGAGGAACAGGCGGAGCAGGCCCGGUACCUUGCCAUGGAGUCGAAGGCCAGGGCCGACGGCCCCGCGGCGUGGCUGUCGCCGCUGUUGUUGUACCGGGCCCUCGGCGACCUGCCGCUGCCGACCGUGUGGGAUGCAGGCUGCGGUGGCCCCCGCGGCAGCCGCGACGGAGCUGGCGCCGCCGACGCGGCGGCGGUGCUGGUGGAGCUUCUCAGCCCCGAGCACCUAUCCCUGCUGGCCGCGGCCCUGUCCUACCCAGAGGCGGACCGGACCUGCGUCCUGCUUCACGCCUACGUCGAGAUCCAGGUUUCGCUGGCAGAGCUGGACCCAGAGUUCCUCGCGAAUCCAGAUUCCGCCAUCACGGCCGUGGAUUUCAUGUUCCAGCAUGACCUCCAGUUCCGGGAGGCGCUGGUGGAUCUGUACGGCGCGCAGGCUGCGCUGUUGGGCUGUAGCAUGCGGUGGCUGGCGAUGGAGGAAGCGGAUGUGGGGAAGAACUUGUCGCACAAGGCCGCCGGCGCAAAAAGCGGCUUUCACACGCGGGGGUUCAGUGCGCUGGCGUCGGGCGUGCGUGGUGGCAGCGGCAGCGGCGGCUGGCGCGAGAAGGAAAGUCGGGCCAAGGCCCAGCAGGAGGAGCAGGAGGAGGGUGGGCGGCCGUGGGGGCAGCCGCAGGCGCGCAAGCAGGCAUCGCGCUGGGACCGCGACAGAAGCAGUGGCGCCGGAACGGACAGCGAUGAUGACUGGCGCGGCGGCGGUAGUCGCAGCCGCAGUCGCAGCGUUUCUGGCGGUAGCACCAGUGACAGCAGCGACAGCUACAGCCUCUACAAUGGCUUCAACAGCGAUGACGAGUACUUUUCGCGGAAGCUGGUACGGCAAUGCCGGCCGUACGACUGCCUGUACGGCCCCGAAUACGCCAGGACCUUCGCGGCGUGCGAGCCUGACAGCGGGCUACAGGAGCACGUGGAGCGCGUGUUGGAGAUCCUGAAGAAGCUGGAGCUGCUGGAUCAUGAGCUGUACGACAAGCGCGAUGCGGCGGGCGGCACCGGCCCUGGCGGCAGCAGCAGCGGCUUCCGGUUCGAUUUUCGCGUUGGUGGCGGCGGCGCAGGUGCCGAUGCAGUGGAGGGCUCGGCAGCACUGGGGCACCAGCAAGCACCCCAAGACCAGCAGCAGCAACAGCAGCAGCAGCAGCAGCAACCGCAAAGCAUGUGCCCUGCGGAUCACCUGCGGCAGCUGCUACAGGCUGGCUAUGCGCACCUGCAGACCACAGUGCUGGGUCAGAGCCCCGUGCCUCAGCUUCAAGCCGUGGAGGAGGUGGCCGCGGCGGCGGAGGCGCGGAGGCGCAAGCAGGAGCGGGAGCGGCAGCGGCUGGGGCAGCGGCGGCGGCAGCGGCGGAAAGCGACGCAGGCUCUGGACUCAGACGACGAGCUAGGGCAGCUGCAGGAGUCGACGCAGGAGGCGGAGGCGGAAACGGAAGAGGAGGCAGAGGCAGGGGAGGGGCAGGGGACCGGCGAGCAGCAUCCGGAUGAGACCCUGGCCGAGUGGGCGGCGCUGCAGCGGCGGGCGUCGUGGCACCACCGCCGGGCCUUCCAGGUCCUGGCUGAUCACUACGCCGCUGCUGCAGCAGAGGCGGCUGCGGUGGAGGAGGAAGCGGGGGAGGCCGAGGGCCCCGCUCAGCAGACGGGCGGCGGGGGUGCGGAGCCCGCCGCGAGCGGGCGCGGAGCUAGAGGUGGAGGCAAGGCGACGCGGCUGCUGUCAGAGUAUGUGGGCAGAGCAGCCUGGUGGGUGCCGUCGCUGCAACAAAGUGGGCAGCGGCCGCGGCAGUGGCAUGGGGCAUCGGAGGCGCAUGCCGAGCGCUUAGCGCGGCCGAAGGCGGCGGAGGUGGCGGAAGCGCUGUGCCCGGGGCUGCUUGCCGCGCACCUGUUCACAUGGGGCGCCCUGGCACGGAGAGCAGACGCCACGGAGCAGGUUGCGUUGCAGCGGGUGUUAGGAUUGCUGGCCACUGACAAGGAGGACGAGGAGGGAAAGGCGAUUGCGCAGCUCGCGCAGAUGCACAAGAUGGCUAACGCAGAGAAGGAAUCUGCGAAGGCUUUGCUGGAGGUGGUGGCGGCGGCGCUGCAGGGCCUGUGGCUGCUGCAGCCAUGGCUCGCCGACGGCUCCCUGCCGCUGAGCCGGGUCAGGCUGUGCUACUGCGUGGCGGCAGGCGCCGCGUACAUGUACCAGCCACAGGACCAGGUCUUCAGCCGGCGGCGGAGCUGGCCUGAGGCGCGGGGCGCUCGCGCCGCCCACGCGGCACAGCUCUACUUCUGGCUGGCAGCCGUGCCGCCGCCAAGGCUGGUGGCGCCGGAGCCGGGCUGGGUGUCUGGCCACGUGACGGAGCUGGCGCAGCUCGAGGACGCCACAAGGCUGCGUGCCGAGGCCCUGGCGCAGCUGGAGGACCACCUCAUAGCCUUCCUGCUCACACCCGCCGCCGUCAGCGACUUGCUCAUCGACCACAUGCGGCGGUGCUGGCUGCAGGGGCUGCAGCAGCCGGCAGCAGCAGCAGCAGCUGAAGCAGUAGAAGGAGCAGCUGUAGCAGCAGCGCCGGCGGGAGCAGUUCACACGGCGAAUGAGGAGGAGGCUUGCGUUGCUGCUGCCGGCGGUGACGCCGCCAGCGGCAGCGACAGUACGGCCGUCUCCAGCGGCGUUGGUGGCGGCCCGCAGCUGGACGGCCUUGCCGUGGCGGCGUUUGCGGUGCUGAGCCUGAGUCAGUCGGCGCGGCUACCCGAGGUGGUGGCGUGGGUCGACAGCGACACCGAGCCAGACCUGCGGCGGGAGGUGGAGGCGCGCGACGGCGGAGGCCCCAGCCGGAGCCGCCGGCACAGCAGCAGCGGCGGCACCAGCAGCGCCAGCACUGUGCCCUUGGACCGGACCUGGCGCGCCGGGAGUGACGACGGUCAGGAGCAGGAACACGGACGCGGGCGCGAACGCGGGCGCGGGCAGGGGUACCGUGGCAGCUGUUCCAGCAGCCCUCGCAGCGGCGGACUUGUUGCCGUCGACAGCGACGACGGCGGGAGUGAGAGGCGUGGCGACGGCGGCGGCGGCGGCCGCCGCCGCCGCCAGGCGCGCAGUGGCAGCCGCCGCACACAACUAGUGCACAAGCUGCGGCUGGAGGGCUCUGGCGAUACACUCUACAGCACCUACCUCACAUUGGCGCAGCUCUUUCGACUGCGGCGGCUCUCGCCGGCCGCCGCCGCCGACGCGGAAGCUGCGGCGGCCGCCGUCGCCGUCGACCGUGCCAGCCGCCGCCGCGACCCGCGACGGCUGCUGGAAGCCGACCCUGACGAGCUCGAGCUGUUUGACUCCGGUGACCUGGCGGAGCAGGACCGGUCGGCGGCGGGGUGGAGGUACUGGCGGCCGCACGGCCACCUGGAUGCUGUGGAGAUCGACUUCAGCAGUGCGGCGCACCUGGCGGCGGCGCUGCUGAUGAUGGCAGACGACGUACCCAUGUACCAUUCCGACCCGUACGGGUGGACGCUGCAGCCUUUCGUGCGAGAGCAGGGCUCUACCGGGCUGCAGCUGCCUUCGCUGUCAUUCGCGGUUGGACCCAACGCAAUGCACCGCCAGUCGCCGUGGUACGACCUGUUUGACGUUAGGCGAGACCAGAACUACAAGGUCUCAAAACACACCAAGCUGUCACAGGUGGAGCCCGGGCUGUGUCGCGCGCUGUUGCAAGACCGUGUCGGCAGCCUCCGCGUCAUUGCGGCCGGCGUGGAGGGCGUCGCGGCAGUGAUGCGGCUGCUGCUGCAGGUGCGGCUGGCGAUGCUGCGGGAGGGCCGGGACCUGGUCGCGGUCCCGCAGUACGUCGACCUGGACGCAGUUCAGAAGCUGGAGGACCAGGAGGCGCGGGAGGCGGAGCGGAGGCAGCGGCGAGCCGGCGCCACUGCCGCGGCUGAGGCACCCCAGUCACCCGUGUACAGGGUCUUUGUGGGGCGGGCACGCCAGCUGCAGAGCUCGCUGCGGGCCGCGGCAGCGGCGCUGAGCAAGCUAGGGUAUGCGCUCGCCGCAAGCUGCAGCGCAGGCGGCACCGCGGCCACGGAGGGUGACGGCAGUAGCAGUAGCAGCAGCAGUGACAGCGAGGGAUUUGGAGGUGGCAGUAGCAACGCUCACAGGAGAACCGAACUCGCUGAGAUAUAUGCCAGUGGUGGCAAGUGGCACGCGGAAUGGCUCCUGGAGGAGCUGGGCUGUAGCCACGGCAGUAGCAGUAGCAGUGGCGGUGGUGGCGCCGGCCCAAUCAGCGACAGCAACCAGUCCCGGCUCCUUGCAAAGGAGGUGCUGCUUGAGUUCUGUGUAUAUGAGUGCAAGCUCGGCGCGCCGCAUGAGCUUGUGCCGUCGCCGUCAGCGGUGGCCGCUGCGACGAUGAGGGAGGCGAAGCGCGCGAAGGCGAUGUCGGCGAUAGCGGCGCCAGCGCCAGCGCCGGGCAAGGCGGCAGGCCGCGCGGGGAAGAGGGCGGCGAGGAAGGGGAUGGCUGCGGGCCCCACGCUGGCGCCGACUGCGAGCAAGAUGGCAGAGCUUGACCUAAGUGAGGAGGCGAUUGAUGUUUCGGGGCUACACAGGAGCGGCGCCGGCAGUACGCUAGCGGCGGCUGCGGCGGCGGCUGUAGCAGCGGGUGCUGCUGCUGCCCAGGGAAAGCAGCGCGGGGCCGCGGCGCGUCAGGCGAUGGCACGGAGGGGGCGCAACGGUUGAGCCCCGAGCGCAGCAUGCAGCUGCCUGCGACGGCUUGAGGAUGUGGGGCGAGGGUCGAGGAGUGAGGCCAGGUGAGGCUCAAGGGACGGAGGGGUCCUGGGACGGAGGGUGCAGUAGGUGGUGCAAGAGCAGAUUGAGACUGGCCCCGUCCGUGUGGCACUCGGUAUUGGCAUCGCUUGCAUUGCGGUUUGAUUGAGCAAAUGGCCGGUUUGUAUGGCACCUAAGCCGCGAGGCGAGCAGGGCAUGUCGCGGCCUGUCGCGGGCAUUGGCGGGAACUGGAAAUUAACAGAUGGAGCAGACGACUGGUGGGCGUUUGAACACUGGCAAAUAACGUAGCCUCCCCAAAUCACGGUGCUGUUGGUUUUGAAGCUGCUGUGUGAAUUGUGGCGGAGUUAUGAGAUAGGUGCGGUAACAGGCUGAGUGGGUCUCCCAGAGUCCGCGCGACACAGUCAUUUAGGGACUUGUAAGCUUACUGCGCA